AUGGGACCAGGCAUUCAAGAAUAUCCCUUAUUACUGCACAGAGAGACACAAAGAAAGGAAAGCCAAAUCAAUGAAAACCACAAAGGAAUGGUAAAUAAUGGAAAAAAACAUCCAAGCACCAAAGGACUAAAUAAACCAAUUGCCCACGUGAAAGCUUCUCCUGGAAAACCAGGCAAGAAUGUAUCAAGUGCCGUUGAAAAGAUUUCCCAUGACACCCAAGAUGGUAACCAACCAAGUGUUCUUAAGAAGGGAAGAAACCAGCUGGAUGACAAUACUCAAUCAAAAAGAAUCACGAGUGUUGGCACAUCACUGCACAGAGCACAAGGACCAAAGAGGAGCCUCCCAGAAAGAAAGCAAAAUGACUGUUUUCUGCACGGGAUCCCUCCUAGUGUAAAGGGCAGCACACAAGGUAGCUUCUGUAAGGUUAAAGAUGUUCCAGUGCAACAUUUUUAUAGCAGCAGAAAAGAGCAGGAAGGGAAUCAUGAAGAAUGUGUUGCGGAAGCUGUUCCAUGCUCUUCGAAAUGGCAAGAAGCAUCUGUAAGUCAAAUGUUUCUUGAUUUUGAAUCAGUACAAAUUAUUAAAGAAGAUGCUGAAGAUGACAGUGCCAGUGAUCUGUCUGAUUCAGAGAGGAUUCCCAUUCCUCCAUCUCCCUGUACACCACCAGAACUCAUUCUCAGAGCUGAAGAAAUUGAUCCAGUUUGUUUGGAACACGUUCCUGAUAUGGGUUUUAAAGAAUCAGAGUACUACUACCCAGACUUCCUCCCACCCCCUUUCAACUCAUGGGACUUGAAGCAACUGGCCAUCUUUGUAAAUGUGGAGGGGAAAAUGGAAUUUCGGCCAAAGCCAACAGGAUUUCUUGAGAAAUUCAUCGAUCGCCUUCUGCAGCUAGAAUGGCUGCAGAUGCAGACUGUGCAGAACGAGAAAGGAAGAGCAGCCAAAGCCAGGCCACAGACUGCUCCCAGCUCCAUCCGUACCCUAAAAAGCCCUGGCAAAGGCAAAGCAGUGCUCAGCCCUUUUCCUAACAAGCAAACGAUUCCUCAAGAAAGCGUUACAAAGCUGCCCAGAAGCUAUUCAGGUCACAGAGGAGAUCCAUACUGUGAAGGAAGUCACCAGUUAUAUUCUCAUCCAGGUCACUUGAAACUUUCUGAGAGAGUGGGAUGUGCAGUGUCUUCUCAAAGACAAUCUGCUGAAGUAAGGAGUGAACUGAAAAAAAAGCCAAUUGCAAAGCAACAGCUUCUCAGUCUGCAGCCCUCUGAGAAGAGUUCUAAAAUUCAAAGUGUUGGUAAUAUCAGACCCCCUAAGCAAAGCCCAGUGUUUCCUGGUUCAGCUGCUCCCAUCAAAGGUUUAAGAACAUACACAGGUACAAAUCCAAAGAAAAAUGGCAAUGCCAACAAUUAUGUUCCCUCUAAAAAGCCAGCAGUGGACAGGAAAAUAAAUGGCACAAAGCAAACGUCAUGCAAAUUUAAAUGA